AUGUUUGACUGUUGGAGAUUUAUCCUGUGCAAGAAAACGGGAAGCAAGGAUUGUUCUUCCCCGAGAGGAUCCAAUGGGGCCCAAACGGAAGAAAGUGACCAUCAGAUUGACGUAUCUGACGUCAUCAGGCUUGUUCAAGAUCAACUAGAGGCGACAGCUACAGAUGAAAUCAUGCACCAGGACAUCACCCCACUCUGCGCCGCCGACAUCCAGGACCAGCUGAAGAAGCGCUUCGCAUACCUGUCCGGUGGGCGGGGGCAGGACGGCAGCCCCGUCAUCACCUUCCCGGACUACCCGGCCUUCAGCGAAGUGCCCGACAAGGAGUUCCAGAAUGUCAUGACCUAUCUCACCAGCAUCCCCAGCUUGCAAGAUGCUGGCAUCGGAUUCAUCCUGGUCAUAGACCGGAGGCAGGACAAAUGGACCUCCGUGAAGGCGUCAGUCCUGCGAAUAGCAGCAUCCUUCCCGGCAAACCUCCAGCUCGUCCUUGUUCUGCGACCAACAGGAUUUUUCCAAAGGACUCUCUCUGACCUCGCUUUCAAAUUCAACAGAGAUGACUUUAAGAUGAAGGUUCCGGUCAUAAUGCUGAGCUCAGUACCAGAAUUACACGGUUACAUCGACAAGUCCCAGUUGACCGAGGACCUGGGCGGGACCCUGGAUUACUGCCACACCAGGUGGUUGUGUCACCGCACGGCCAUCGAAAGUUUCGCCCUCAUGGUUAAGCAGACGGCCCAGAUGCUGCAAUCCUUCGGGACCGAGCUGGCCGAAACGGAGCUGCCCAACGACGUCCAGUCGACGAGCUCAGUGCUCUGUGCACACACGGAGAAGAAAGACAAGGCGAAGGAGGACAUGAGGCUGGCGCUGGAUGAGGGGCAGAGCAUCCUGGACAGCAUCCGGGAGCCUCUGGCCAAGAGCCCGGAGCAGAGCCUGAACCAGGACCAGCUGGACAACCAGACCACCGUGCAGAGGCUCCUGGCCCAGCUGAAUGAAACCGAGGCGGCCUUUGAUGAGUUUUGGGCGAAGCAUCAGCAAAAACUCGAGCAGUGUCUGCAGCUCCGGCAUUUUGAGCAGGAUUUCCGAGAGGUCAAGGCCGCCUUAGACGUGUUGGCUCAGAAGAUAGCGACCUUCACGGACGUGGGCAACAGCCUGGCGCAUGUGGAGCACCUCCUGAAGGACCUUACCAGCUUCGAGGAGAAGUCCAGCGCGGCUGUGGAGCGGGCCCGGGCCCUGUCCCUGGACGGGGAGCAGCUCAUCGACAACAAGCACUACGCCGUGGACUCCAUCCGCCCCAAGUGCCACGAGCUCCAGCACCUCUGCGACCAGCUUGCUGCCGAGGUCGCCCAGAGGAAGGGUCUCCUCCACAAGUCCCUGGAGCUGCACGGCCUCCUGGAGGCGUCCAUGAAAUGGUGCGAUGAGGGGAUCUACUUGCUGGCCUCGCAGCCUGUGGACAAGUGCCAAUCCCAGGAUGGUGCGGAGGCAGCCCUCCAGGAAAUUGAGAAGUUCUUGGAGACCGGUGCAGAAAAUAAGAUCCAGGAGCUCAAUAAAAUUUACCAGGACUACGAACCCAUCCUCACCCAAGACCUGAUGGAACACGUGCAGAAGGUCUUCCAGAAGCAGGAGAGCAUGGAGGAGAUGUUCCACCGGAGGCAGGCGAGCCUGAAGAAGCUGGCAGCCAAGCAGACGAGGCCCGUGCAGCCCGUGGCCCCCCGGCCAGAGGCGCUCACCAAGUCGCCCUGCCCCUCCCCAGGUGUCCGGAGAGGUUCUGAGAACAACAGCUCUGAGGGCAACACGCUCCGGAGAGGGCCCUACAGGAGGGCCAAGAGUGAAAUGAGCGAGAGCCGGCAGGGCCGGAGCAGCUCCACGGGGGACGAGGAGGAAAGCCUGGCCAUCUUGCGGAGGCACGUGAUGAACGAACUGCUUGACACGGAGCGGGUCUACGUGGAGGAGCUGCUCUGUGUCCUGGAGGGCUACGCGGCCGAGAUGGACAACCCGUUGAUGACGCAUCUCAUCUCAGCAGGCCUUCAAAACAAGAAGGAUGUUUUAUUUGGGAACAUGGAGGAAAUAUACCACUUUCACAACAGAAUAUUCCUGAGGGAGCUAGAAAACUACAUAGACUGUCCAGAGCUGGUUGGAAGGUGUUUUCUAGAAAGGAUGGAGGAGUUCCAGAUCUACGAGAAGUACUGUCAGAACAAGCCCCGCUCCGAGAGCCUGUGGAGGCAGUGCUCCGACUGCCCGUUCUUCCAGGAAUGCCAGAAGAAGCUGGACCACAAGCUGAGCCUGGACUCCUACCUGCUGAAGCCGGUCCAGAGGAUCACCAAAUACCAGCUGCUCCUCAAGGAAAUGUUGAAAUACAGCAAGAGCUGUGAGGGGGCCGAGGACCUGCAGGAGGCGCUGAGCUCCAUCCUGGGCAUCCUCAAGGCCGUGAAUGACUCCAUGCACCUCAUUGCCAUCACAGGCUAUGACGGGAACCUGAGUGACCUGGGGAAGCUGCUGAUGCAGGGCUCCUUCAGCGUCUGGACGGACCACAAGAAGGGCCACGCCAAGGUGAAGGACCUGGCCAGGUUCAAGCCCAUGCAGCGGCACCUGUUCCUGCACGAGAAGGCCGUGCUCUUCUGCAAGAAGCGAGAGGAGAACGGGGAAGGGUACGAGAAGGCCCCGUCCUACAGCUACAAGCAGUCCUUAAACAUGACAGCGGUCGGCAUAACGGAGAACGUGAAAGGUGACGUGAAGAAGUUUGAGAUCUGGUACAACGCCAGGGAGGAAGUCUACAUCAUUCAGGCACCGACUCCUGAGAUCAAAGCGGCAUGGGUGAACGAGAUUCGCAAGGUGCUGACCAGCCAGCUGCAGGCUUGUCGAGAAGCCAGCCAGCACAGGGCGCUGGAGCAGUCCCAGAGCCUGCCUCUGCCGGCAUCGUCCAACACGAGUCCUACGAAAGGGAAUGCAAGAAACGUCAAAAAGUUGGAGGAAAGAAAAACUGACCCCCUGAGCCUGGAAGGAUAUGUGAGCUCAACGGCAUUGCCAAAGCCCCCCGAAAAGGGCAAAGGUUGGAGCAAAACAUCUCACCCCUUGGAGGCCCCUGAGGACAAUGACGGCUGGUCGAGCGCGGAGGAGCCGAUCAAUUCCUCAGAUGCAGAGGAAGAAGGCGGAGUGGGCCCCAGGAAGCUGGCUCCCGGGAAGUACACCGUGGUGGCGGACGACGAGAAGGGGAGCCCCAGCGCGCUUGCCGUGAGGAGUGGCGACGUGGUGGAGGUGGUCGAGGAGGGCGAGGAGGGCCUUUGGUAUGUCAGGAACCUGACCUCCAGCAAGGAGGGCUGGGUGCCUGCCAGCAGCCUGUCCACGCUCCUCGGCAAGUCCAGCUCGGCGCAGUGUUUGAGCAGCUCAGAGUCCAGCGCAGGGUCCGCUCCGCUGAGCAACUCCUCCAGCUGCAGCGAGAGCUGCGGCGCCCCCCUCUCUGACCUGCAGGGGUAG